GGUGUUGUUCUUGAUGGGUAAGUUUGAUGCCCGCGAUGAAUGGGCCAGACAUAUAAAGACCGUCUACAACCAGAGCUCUAUACAUCCCAUUCCAUCAACCACACAUUCUAAAUUGACCUUGACUCGACCAUCUCCAUAACCUUGGUCCAAAAUGACCCUCUCCCAACUCGCUGUCGUCGCCGACGAAGCCUAUCAGCUGCUCACAGACGGGACGAUAAAACAAUACACCCCGACCAACAAAUCCACUCCCUGGAAAACAAUCAUAACAAGCAACCCCUCGAAUGUGCAAAUCGCCGCAAACACCCCGCUGGGAAUCCGCCAGAGCAACGGAACCGUCUACCGCCUGACCAAAACCGUGCAAGCCAUCGGCUCAAAUGCCUCCCUCCUCUGGGGCCACGACGGCGCGUUCUGGCAGUGGCAGAAGACGACCUCGAAGCUGUGGUAUAUGGGCCGUGAAACGGGCGGCAAGUGGGAGGUCCGUGAUACGAAUCCGCAUACGAGGGACUUGGCCUUCGUGGGCGACGCGACGUAUCAAAUUGCGGUUAAUGGGCAGAUUCUCCGAUACGAAUUGCCGGGGCGUUGGAGUGUUGUUGAGUCGAGUUAUUCGAAUACGGCGAUUGCGGCGGAUGACCACGCUCUGUAUGCGCUUAAGCGCGAUGGGCAGGUUGCGAGAUAUGACGGUGCCAAGUGGGAGCUCAUCGGUGGGGCGACGGCUGUGCAGAUUGCGGGGGGUAAGGCUGGUAUCUUCCAGCGGCAGGCGAGCGGGUGGAUUUACAAAAACACGGGGGGGUCGACGUGGGAGUUGGUGGAUCAGAAUGCGGACAAUGUCAACAUUGCCGUCGCCAACUCUGCGUACCGGGUCACCAGCACGGGCGAGAUCUGGAUCCUUCGUGGGAACGGCUCGUGGGAGCGCAUCAAGGAGGAGGACGCGCAUCCUGCGCCGCCGACUGACUCGGGUAUCCAUCCCGAGGCUGUCUACGAUGCAGGCUUUGGGGGUACCUCACCUAUACUCCUUCGCAUCGGAAAUGGAGGUGCCGGCCAGACUGGUCUUGUCAAGGUCCUCGCAGAAGCAUACAUCAAAUCGCGUGUUGCAUCCGGCUCGAAACCAUUCAAAGUAGCCUGGUACAAAAGCGACAGGACGGAAUCAAUCAAGUAUCUCAAAGACGGCGUCGCCGACGUCGGCAUAACCUACACCCAAGCAGCUGAAGACCUCGCAAUCGAACAGGGCAUCGCGCUCUCCAGUCACUACAUCUUCCGCGAGCAUUUCCUACUCACGGGACCGCCGUCGAACCCCGCGAAACUCGAUGUUAAUGCAGACAUCUUCCACCAGCUCAGCACGCUCUACGCCGCCGCCGAAGCGGGGGAUACCACACCCCCUGUGCGCUUCCUGUCCCGCUACGACAAGUCCGCGACGAGUAUCAAGGAUUCAGAGCUGUGGAUCCGCAUCGGACAGGUUCCCUGGGCGAUGAAGUACUCGAACUGGUAUCACCAGUACAUGGCGUAUCCGAUUCAGGCGUUGACGGCGGCCGCAGUUCUGAAUGAGUAUACGCUGACGGACUGGGGCACGUAUCUCUCUGUUGAUGAUGCUGUGCGGAAUCAGAUUACGGUGUACAAGCAUGGUCAGGAUGAUCCGAAGGAUGUGCUUCUUAUGCCGGCUCACCUGCUUGUGGGUGCAAAGGCGCAGGAUCUGGCGCUGGCCAAGGACUUUGCGGCGUGGGCGACGGGAAAAGAGGGACAGGCUGCUGUUGCUGGGUUUAAGAAGCGUGGGGAGCAGGUUUAUUCGACGGCGCCUUGA